AUGUACAGAUUCAAAGGAGGAAACAGUGAAACUCUAAAUUCUGACAUUGAACCUGUUUUGAAGCUAAAAUCGCAGCCGGGGAGCGAUGGUGCUCGGAGCGUCCGGACUCGACGCCGUUUCGGGAUUAUCAGAGGAGCGGGUGAAAUGCCGGGGAACAUGAGCAAAGAGGAUGCCCCGAGCCGGAGCGCUUCUUUGACUUUCACUAUCGACAACAUCCUCAACCUGAAGCAGCGGGACGGAGGAAUAGGAGGAGGAGGAGGAGGAGGAGGAGGGGGAGGCUCGGAGCGGAGGGACGGGGGAUGUAAGAGUGAGUUUCAGGCGCGGGGUGAGGAGGUGUGGGACGUCCGGAGGAGAUCAGGCGGAGCUGAGGAGACAGCGCAAAAGAAGCCCAGACUCGGUGAAAAGACACCGCUGACUGAUGGCGUCAGUCCCGGGACGCAGAGGGCGCACACCGCAGAAGACGCAUCCGAACAGCGACAGCAGCAGCAGCAGCAGCAGGAGGAGGAGAAGGAGCACCAGCAGCAGCAGGAGCAGCAGCAGCAGCAGCAGCAGCAGCAGCAGGCCAGCCCGGACACUAAAACCUCAGUGAAGAAGAAAACGCGCACCAUCUUCUCCAAGAGGCAGAUCUUCCAGCUGGAGGCCACUUUCGACAUGAAGCGCUACCUGAGCAGCUCGGAGAGAGCGUGCCUCGCCAGCUCCCUGCAGCUCACCGAGACCCAGGUGAAGAUCUGGUUCCAGAACCGCAGGAACAAGCUGAAGAGGCAGCUGUCCACGGACAUGGAGGCCCCGCUGGCCGCAGAGCAGCUGUCGGAGGCUGCGAAAAACGUGCAAUUACCGACUUUUUACAAAGACAGCAGCAGCGUGCUGGGCGGAUGUUUGUUACCCAUGCCUUUCCCCGUGAUGUACCCGGCUGCUAACAGCGCGCCUUACAUCUACUUCUCCAACACUGGCAAAUACUUCGGCCUGUUUGACGCAGACUGACGCUUUCCUCUGUUUGGGAGCACGAGGACAGUGUGUGGAAAUCUUUAGAUAGGACUGACACUUUUUUUUUUUUUUUUUUUUGUAUUUUAAUUCUUUAAAAAAAAAAAAAUCUCCCAACUUCGAUGUCAACAUAUCAACGACAUGCAUGUGCCACUUUUUUUGACCCUCUGCAAUUCAUUUUUAUUAUUAUUACUAUUAUUAAUAUUAUUAUUAUUAUUAAAUGCUAUAAGUAACACUCUAUCGUCACACACAUUUGCAUGCAUUACGUUCCUCUCAGCAGUUUUAUUUUGAAGUCAUCUAUAUGAAUGUAAGAGUGAAGCUGCAGCAACUUCGUAACCCCCACAUAAUACUUUUUUUUUUUUACCCCUCAUGAAGUUUUUAGAGCAAUAAUUCAUUGUAUUUAAAUGGCCUUAUUUUCAGUAUAUAUAUUCGUUGUUAUUAGUUUGGAUUCUUAAUGAAACACGUUUUUCGGCUGUUUCCACUCGACCUUUCUUAUGACGGACUGUCACACUGUGAAGACAGCUGCUAUAUCAUGACUAUGCUCCAUUUUGCAAUAAAAACUAUGUAAUAUUUGGAAUUUUA